GGAGCGGGCACCGGCCGCCGGCGCGUGGCGCUGCGGGAGCUGCUGGGGCUGCAGGGGGCGGCCCCCGCCGGCUGGCUGUCGGAGGAGCGCACCGAGGAGCCAUCCCCCGCCGGGCCCAACGGGCCGGGAGUCAGCGGCGGGCUGUGUCUGGAGCCCCACGAGCACGCGUGGAUGCUGGCGGCCGCCGAGGGCCGCCUUGAGGUGCUGUGGGAGCAGCUGGAAGCCGAGCCCGGGCUGCUGCAGCGGUGCGACCCGAUCACGGGCUACACGGCGCUGCACUGGCUGGCCAAGCACGGGUGCCACGAGGAGCUCAUCCUGGUGUACGACUUCGCCCAGCGCCGGGGGCUGCAGCUCGACGUGAGCGCCCCGGGCAGCGGCGGCCUCACGCCCCUCCACCUGGCUGCCCUGCAGGGCCACGACAUGGUCAUCAAGGUGCUGGUGGGCGCCCUGGGGGCUGACCCCAAGCGCCGCGACCACAGCGGCCACCGGGCCUGUCACUACCUGCGGCCCGACGCGCCCCGGAGCCUUCGGGAGCUGUCGGGGGCUGAGGACUGGGAGAAGGUGGACGGCAGAGGGCGGAAGAACGCCAACAACAACAGCAGCGGCGCCGCCGUGUGGACGCUGCGACGGACCCCGAGCGCAGUGGGCGCGACCGCCGCGGAGAACUGCACGUCCCGAAAGGAGAAGGACUACGCGGGCAGCCGAGUGGUGCAACUUCAGGGCCUUUUCCGCCAAAUAUUCCCCAUCUUCCAGGACCGAUGAGGGCGACAGAGACUGGAGAACGCGGAGGGACGGCGACGCCGUGUCGAGGCCUCGGUCUCGGAUUGCCCCGGGCCCCACCCGAAGGGGCGGCAGCUCGGGCCGCAGACGGGAGCGCUGGGCCUGCAAGCGGCGGAACACCUCCGGGUUUGUCUCAGGUACCUGUCCCAGGUGUCCUACAGCCACCAGCCAGGAGACUUGGGGCCCAGGGUAUCCUCAGCGAGGGAAAGAGAGAGAGAGAGAGAGCAAAGACGCCAAGUCCCAAAACUACGGGACUAAGGAAGGAGUUGGGAGCCGGAGUGCGGUCCUGCUUGGGAGAAGAAAAGUUACACUUCCAAGAGCGAUUUCUGGGCAGGCAGAUGUUCUGGGUUUAUUACGAAGCACUUGCUAGAAGAACCAGUUAAGACUCUAAACCACUGAUAACAGAGGAAACACCUAACUGAAGGCUUGACUAGGCUAUCCCUGGGGGCAGAGUCACCCUUCCCCCCAGCCUGCUCCUGACACAUCCAGGCUUAAUUGUACUUUUACUAAUGUAUCACUGAUGACUUCUUAAGCAUAUUAAAGAGGAGUAUGUUUUCCUUUCACAUGACAAA